UCUCCACUUGAUAUACCUCCGGACGCUGCGAUUCUAUAGAAGUCGCCCCUUUUUCCCGCCACUUCCAUCUACUCUCUCUCUAGAGUUUCUCUGUCCUCUCUCCGGCGAUGUUGUGGGUCGACAAGUACAGGCCGAGAACCCUAGACAAGGUCAUCGUCCACGAUGACAUCGCCUCAAACCUCAAGAAAUUGGUUUCGGAGCAGGACUGUCCCCAUCUCCUCUUCUAUGGGCCGCCUGGUUCCGGGAAGAAAACCCUAAUCAUGGCUCUACUCAAGCAAAUGUUUGGUCCUGGAGCUGAAAAGGUGAAGAUGGAGAACAAAGCUUGGAAAAUCGAUGCUGGAUCCCGAACUAUUGAACUAGAACUGACUACACUGUCAAGUACACACCACGUGGAGCUGAAUCCCAGUGAUGCAGGCUUUCAGGAUAGGUAUAUUGUUCAGGAGAUCAUCAAGGAAAUGGCGAAAAACAGACCAAUUGAUACUAAAGGCAAAAAGGGUUUCAAAGUAUUAGUGCUGAAUGAAGUCGAUAAGCUCUCUAGAGAAGCCCAACAUUCUCUCAGGAGAACAAUGGAGAAGUAUAGUGCAUCGUGCAGGCUAAUUUUAUGCUGCAACAGUUCUUCAAAAGUUACUGAAGCUGUUAGAUCUCGCUGUCUCAAUAUCCGUGUCAAUGCCCCCACUAAUGAUCAGAUUGUUAAAGUUUUGGAGUUUAUUGGCAAGAAAGAAGGUCUACAGCUGCCUGCUGGAUUUGCAGCUCGUAUUGCAAAUCAUUCAAACCGUAGUUUGAGAAGAGCAGUAUUAGCUUUUGAGACCUGUAAAGUGCAGCAAUAUCCAUUCACUGUUGAUCAGGGAAUCCCGCCCUUGGACUGGGAACAGUAUGUUUCAGAAAUAGCAUCUGAUAUAAUUAAUGAGCAGAGUCCAAAAAGGUUGUUUUUAGUUCGUGGAAAAUUAUAUGAGCUGCUUGUCAAUUGCAUCCCUCCUCAAAUCAUUCUAAAGAAAUUGCUGUCAGAGUUAUUGAAAAAAUUAGACUCUGAAUUGAAGCAUGAAAUUUGUCAUUGGGCUGCAUACUAUGAACACAGGAUGUGUCUUGGGCAAAAGGCCAUAUUUCACAUAGAAGCCUUCGUAGCGAAAUUCAUGAGUAUCUACAAGGGCUUCCUCAUUGCAACAUUUGGGUAACCAGUUCAGCCCUCUGAAACUUGCAAGGCAUUUCUCAGGUUAUCAUGGUAUAAGAGAGAUCUAUCUGACUUGUGUUUGCAUCGAGCAAUGCACGGAUUUAUUUUUUGAGUGACAUAGCCAUGAGAAAAUUGUAAUCUAAUGAAUGAAACUAUAUCUUUUCUGGCUUUGUGGUCGUUUUAACUUAUGUUAUCCUUGUCAGCACCCUCUAGGUUUCUUUGGCGCUCCGAUGCUUCUGUGAGAUUUGCAUGUCUAUUAGAGAUCUUGUAGCGGGUAAAAAUUACUAGUGACUUGCAUAGUUUAUUAUUUGCAUAUGCUGCUAAGGCUUGAAUUAUGAAUGUUCUAUGAAGUAAUGUGAUAUCUUUAUUUA